CAGCGAAAAUUCUCCCAAAGACACGAAACUGAAGAAGAACGUGUUUGUACCAACCCAACUAUCAAUUUUGGUGUUUUUGAAAAAGGAAAAAAGGGAAGGCAUUGAAAAUAACAUCAGCAAACAGAGUCUUCCCCACACCAUCCUCUCCCCACAAGAAUAAGCCCGUUCAUGUUCCUCUACCACCGAACACACCCCGCCACCACCUCUCGCUAACGUGCGCCCCUUCCUUAUCCUGCGCUUCGACACCCCUUCUUUUCUUUUUUUACUUUUUCCCUUAUUCCCCUUCCUUCAUAAGCUCCGCGUUCUCUCUCUCUCUCUCUCUCUCUCUCUCUCUCUCUCUCGGAUCGGAGCGAGGCUGGCGGUUCCGGCGUUGGGGACGUUAGGGUUAGGGUUUCCGAGAGAUGUGGUAUGCUCCAGGCAUUGAUGAAUCUGUUCUCGCUGUGUUGGAAGCCGUUUGGCCGCGAUGCUGAUCGAAUCGAUUCCAUCGGAGUUAUCGGAAGAGAAGGCAAAGACGGCUUGCUCUGGUUCCGCGACUUCGGAAAAUAUGGCUCCGGUGAUUUCUCCAUGGCUGUCGUUCAGGCCAACCAGGUUCUCGAAGACCAGAGCCAGAUCGAGUCUGGUCCUCUCGGCACCUUCGUCGGCAUCUACGACGGUCACGGAGGACCCGACGCCUCAAGAUACGUUUGCGAUCACUUGUUUCGCCAUUUUCAAGCAAUAUCAGCUGAGUCACGCGGGGUUGUGACAACUGAGACAAUCGAAAGAGCAUUUCGCCAAACAGAAGAGGGGUACAUGGCCCUCGUGUCAGGCUCGUGGAAUGCUCGACCUCAUAUUGCAAGUGCUGGGACCUGUUGUCUAGUUGGAGUGAUAUUUCAGCAGACACUCUUUGUGGCAAACGCUGGAGAUUCCCGUGUUGUAUUGGGUAAGAAAGUUGGCAACACUGGAGGUAUGGCUGCAAUUCAGCUGUCUACAGAACACAAUGCAAAUCUUGAGGCUGUUAGGCAGGAACUUAAAGAAUUACAUCCUCAUGAUCCCCAAAUUGUUGUCCUCAAACAUGGAGUGUGGAGAGUAAAAGGCAUUAUUCAGGUUUCUAGAUCUAUAGGUGAUGUAUAUUUGAAGCAUGCACAGUUUAACCGAGAACCACUUAAUGCAAAAUUCAGACUUCCUGAACCGAUGAACAUGCCUAUCUUGAGUGCUAAUCCCACUAUUCUUUCUCAUGCUCUCCAACCAAAUGAUUCCUUCCUUAUAUUUGCAUCUGAUGGUUUAUGGGAGCAUUUGAGUAACGAGAAAGCUGUGGAUAUUGUAAACAGCAAUCCACAUGCGGGUAGUGCCAAGAGACUUAUCAAGGCUGCUCUCCAUGAAGCAGCAAGAAAACGAGAAAUGCGAUAUUCAGACCUCCGUAAGAUUGACAAGAAAGUUCGACGCCAUUUUCAUGAUGAUAUAUCCGUUAUUGUUUUAUUCUUAAAUCACGACCUUAUUUCCAGAGGCACAGUGCUAGACCCGACACUUUCAAUUCGAAGCGCUCUCGAUCACUGACUUGUAUCACUGUAAGCAGUCUUGUACGAGUUUUUGGCAACUGUACCGAUACCUGAAGCAUUGGUAGGUACCUGGCUAUAAUAUGUCAUUUCUAUGGCACAUAUGGCUUCUGGUACCGACAUCAUUCUUGAGGCACGAGAAUUUAUUAAGUUAUAACAUAUUAUUAGAAAUUUAUUCAUAAAGAGGAAAAAAAUAAAUACAAAAAUAUCUUAUUCCCUUUUCUAACCUUAUAGUUUUACCCGAAAUACUGGAUUUUAUUUAUUUGUUUGUUUUUUUGGCUGAACAUAGCUAAUCGAACAGCAUGUUGAUUGAAUUCAAAGUUAUUUUACAACAAAUUAUAUGGAAAA